UCACGGUACGCGCGUGUGCCCACUGACAUAUAUAAAUUUAAACUUGUCUAACUGGUAGGAGAAACGAGAAAAAAAUUCGAACAAAAACCGCGUUACAUAGGAGAGAUUUUUUAUACCGCGAACGACGAUGUUUAAGUGUCUUGUCUCAGUUAGAUAGAAAUGAUCUCUCGUAUAUUUUCACCGGGAGGAAAAAUUGAUAUAAAAAACUGUCGAGAUAGAGAGAGAGAGAGAAAGACGAUUAACGUUUGGCUUGCGUUAACCAGACAUUUUUUGAAAUAACAAUUCGUCAUUUACAUUCGGUCAAUACGGCGAUGCAAUCUCCCGCGUCUUUUCCUCUUGUUAAACACGCGUCGCGUGUUGUGCACCGCAAAAAUAGAAGACAGACAAUCUCGUUGUACUAACAACGUUGCGCGCCGGCAGCUGCAACCAUAUGGCAUUCUUUCUGUGAUCUUACUCUAAGAGCUCGUUAAUACGAUCCUCUCGGAUAUGUUGCCAACACACAGUUAAUAUUAGUUUCGAGUAUGUUUUUCUAAUGUAUGAGUGGCACGGGGUCGUCUUUUCGAUAACCACCUGGUUAACAUCCCGCGUACUUAAUGUUAUUUCUGAAAUAACAUCCCGCAUCGGUUUCAGUCGGCUGUGCGCGGCUUCUUCUUUCUCGAACGGGAAGAGAAAGGAUUGAACAAACAAUUUGUAUCAUCUCUACAUAUGGACACGAAAAAACUCGCGCGUGCGUAACAAUUAUUUUAUUAUGUGAGAAAAUAGGAGAAAGAAUCGAGUUGACUCGUUAUGACUGAUUAGUUUGACUUGUUAUCGACACUUAGGAUCGAUGAAGAUUUCAAUUUAAAGAGUUUGCAUUUAAAUUGAAAUUGAAAUUCGAAACAUGCGCGCGUGUCGGAAUUGAGGCGAAGUUAACCGGCAAAGUGAAGUUUUCUUUUGUAUUCUGAGUGUAAAUAAGCUAAGGCCCGUAAAUGAGAGAUUUUUUUUCGCGCAAGCUAUUCAUACCAAGAAGACGAAGAGUCGAAACGUCGUGGUGAUUCAUUGGUUCGAAGCCGACGAAAGCGGCGGAGUCAAUUCGGUCUGCGAGCCAAUGAGAGCACUCUCGGUUCUCUAAAAAUAUAAUUUUGAAUCGCGGAACACGUCGCCAAAAGCUCAGUCUACGCAUCUGUGAAGACCCGAAGACGUGUAUAUCGAGUGCAAUUAAUCCGAACGAAACAAAUCCGAAUAAAUUGCAUCUGUAAUCAAGUUUCAAACAUUUAACGAGAAGAGAGAUUCGUAUUUUGAAGAGGAAAGAUACAAAAUAUACGUACAAAAAAUAUAUACGCGCGAGAAGAGAAAAUGUUUUGUAAAACAAACAUUUUCGCUCGCACAAAGAAGUGAGAUGUGACCGAUGUGUGACCCGAAACUUACCGCGUUGCUUGAAAAUCGGAAACGAUAUAGACAAUAUGGAUAACGAGGAACAAACUCUAAAAUAAAGAGAUAAUUGUCAGAAAAUGUUUCAAGAGUAAUUAACUUGAGAAAGCAACGAGUUUUCGAAUCUAACAAGUGGAUUUUUUGCGCAAUCUUCUAGAUAUGUUGGGGAGAGACUUGGCGCUACAUGUGAUCGCGCACUCUUCACGGAAGGAUCUGUGCGUUUAAUAUCCGCCGCACAAUUGAGAAAACUCUCUGAAGAGAAAAAUGUUCUUCGCAAUGACUCGCUGAAACAAAUUUGAAGAUAUCCAGCCGAGUGACAUAUCCAAUCCAGCUAUCAGAUACAUGUCUCUCGAGACGAUAUAAGAAUCAGGAUGAAAACCGGUGGUGGCGGCGCGCCGAAUCGCUUGAACUCGAGCAUAGAGCAACGUUUGAGAAGUCCGAAGUGCGCGAGAUGUCGAAAUCACGGUGUGAUUACCGGCUUGAAGGGACACAAAAGAUCCUGCGCCUGGAAGGAUUGCCGGUGUCCUUGCUGCCUGCUGGUCGUCGAGAGACAGCGUGUGAUGGCAGCGCAGGUAGCACUACGCAGACAGCAGCAAGCGCAAGGCGACAAUCUUCUGUCAUUACCGAACAAAGUAUCGACAAAUAUCGCGAAUCCUUAUUGUGUUAAAACAAAAUACGACGAACCGGACACGGUCUGCGGCAGAAGAAACAAGAACUUUCAGAGACAUCAUUUACAUUUCACGCAGACUAGCAUCAGCGUGACGCAAGAUUUCUACGGAUUGAACGCCAUGCAUAAUCUACCAUGUGACACAUUGUCGCCGCAUCCGCGUCUGUUGGCUCUAUCUUCUUUCGGAUGCAAUCAAAAGCAGGAAGCUGAUCCCGCGCUAAAAGUGCAGUCCCUUCAUUCUGUCUAUCCGACAAUACCGUGGUUCAAUCAAGUAACGCAAUCGUACAUAGCGAGCAGAGAACUGGACAAUUUCAUUUCUACGGGAGCUCUGCAGGACUGUCCCACUUCGAAUAAUAAAUCCUGCUUAGAAAAGAAAACGCCGAUAUCGUUUAGCGUAGAAUCUAUUAUUGGCACGAAAUAGGUAAUAUUCCAAUAUCCUCUUAAUCAUGAUAUUCAGUCAACAAACUUUUACGCGGAACAAAUAAAACUAUUUACAGAUAUACCGAUUUGUUUAGAAUCGCAUAUGUGUAGUGUAGUUUCAUUUUGUUUAGUGUCAUUUUGUUUUUGAUACAUUUGAAAUUUGAAAACGCCGCCUCCCCUGUGAGUCCCAAAUCAAUGGCCGCGUUCAGCAGAACUCAGCGCUUAGUAAGCGCUUUACGCUUAUUGUCUGU